AUGGCAGAGUUCAUCGAGGAGUGUGGGUUGGCUAUGAGUGAGGAUGACAAUGCUUACUGGAAGGAAGAGGGGGCUGCGGUUGCGAUGUCAGUGGAGCUGCCUCACAUUAAGACGAGGAAGGGAAAGGAGUGGACACGUGAUCUGGGAUGCUUCUUCACGAAGCAGCUUAGAAGACAAGCAGUGGAAAUCUCUGAACGCCGUCUGUCGGAUAAAGAAAAAGAAGGGUUCCGACAAGCAAAACAGAAGGAGGUGAAGAACUUUAUAGUCGCUAAAGCGUUCCAAGUCCUUCCUGAAAGCAUGAAGCCAAGUAGGAGUCAAAUUCUGAAGAUGAGGUGGAUUCUUACUUGGAAGCUGGAUGAAAGCCCCGAAGGUGAACCCCUGAAGCGUGAUGCCCAAGGUAAUGCCCUGAAGCCAAAAGCCAGAGCCGUGGUUUUAGGCUACAUGGACCCUCUGUAUGAGCAUAGACCUACGAGCAGUCCCACCAUGAAUCGUACCACGAGACAACUGUUCUUGCAAAGCUGUGCUAACAAGGGUUUUUCAGUGGAAAAGGGCGAUAUUAGUGGAGCAUUUCUUCAAGGAGAUGAGUUUGGUCCGGAUCGGGUGAUGGCGUGUGAGCCUUUACCAGAAACAUGCGAAGCGUUGGGCGUGCCAGCGCACAGCACCAUGAUGCUUACCAAGGCAGCGUAUGGGCUUGUGGAGGCCCCAAUCCAGUGGUUCCUGACGAUAUCCAGGUUCCUGGAAAGCAUUGGGGGAGAGCAGCAGCUCUCCGACCCAUGCUGCUGGUCGUUCUUCAAGGCCGAGAAGGACUCCCAAGACUACUUGGACGCCGUGAACGAGAUCCACCUCAGCAGAGCUCGGUGGAAUGAAAUGGAGGCUCCAAUCAACGCAGCGGAACUCCAUCAGCUAAGGAGUGUUCUCGGAGCACUUUCCUGGCAUGCGACUCAGGUGGCACCUCAGUGGAGUGCCCCAGUGAGCUUAUUGCUCACAAAGAUACACCAAGGAACCGUGAGCGACAUCGUGGAAGCCAACAAGCUUUUGAGGAAGGCUAAGUUGAGUCAACAUCAGAAGCUUCUGAUCCACAAACAAGGCCCAGGAACGCCUCUCAUAGCCGCUUGGGCAGAUGCUGCUAACUCCAACAGGGAGGAUGGUGGAUCCACUAAGGGAAUUCUCGUGGGAUGGACCACGGAGACUCUAUUACAAGGCAGCUUGGUGAGCAUUAGUCCAAUAUUUUGGCAGUCAGCAAAGAUCCAAAGGGCAUGUCGCAGCUCGGCCGCAGCAGAGACACAUGCCGCAGCAGACGCUGAGGAUGAACUCUAUGCAAUACGUCUUCAAGCAGGAGAGUUUCUAGGAGAAGGUGUGAAGCUGUGGUCAUGUGAUGAGUCGGUGAAGAUGGUGCCAGGAGUGUUGGUGACGGAUAGCAAGAAUCUGUACGACCGCCUGAACCGAACCGUGUUGACUUUCAAAGGGGCGGAGAAGAGAGCAAGCAUC